AUGGAGUCAGACCUCUCACAAGCCUUCCAGGAAGAGCUCACCUGCUUCAUCUGCAUGAGCUACCUUACAGACCCAGUCACCAUAAGCUGUGGCCACAGCUUCUGUCGAGCCUGCCUCCACCUUUCCUGGGAAGACAGCCAGGUUUCUGUCCAAUGCCCUAUGUGUAGAGAACCAUCCCAGCAGAAGGACUUCAGAACCAAUAUUGUUCUGAAGAAGUUGGUGUCCAUUGCCAGAAAAGCCAGCCUCAUGAAGUACCUGAGCUCUGAGGAACAUAAGUGUGUGACCCACAAGGAGACCAAGGGGAUCUUCUGUAUGGAGAACAGCAUCUACCUCUGUCGACCCUGUUCUGACUCCCAUGAGCACAGAGGUCACAGACACUGUCCCAUUGAAGCAGCUGCUGAGGGUCAAUUGAUCCGCUUGAUUAUAAGAGAAGAAAUGAUAAGGGCAAAGUACAGGAGAUGUUAUCCACUCCCCAGCAAACAGGAAGAAGAAAAUAUUGAGUGUAUGAAAAAAGAAGCCAAUUAUUAUUUAGAGAAACUCAGAAAAAGUGAAGCCAUGAUGGUCCAAAAAAGCAAACAAUUAAGAGAAAUGUAUCGAGAGCUGAUGGCAAUGUCCCACGAGCCGUAUGUGGUACUGCUCCAGGAUUUGGAUGACAUAUUCAGAAGGAGUGAGUCAGUUCAACUGAGCAAGCCCCUGGCUAUGAAACCAGAAAUCUAUGCCCUUGCCCUCAGUGGACUGACUGAAAGGUUCAACUAG